AGUACGUGUUUUCCUGUUGGCAAAUAACAUCAGCUGUACUAUUCUGUACUAACCACGCAAGAGAGUUUACGGAGUAUCCUUCUAAAAAGUGGCACAAAUCACAAUGAAAAUAGAUCUCCAUACUCAUAUUUUACCAGAAAACUGGCCAGAUUUAAAAGAGGUGACCCAUCCCUUUUUAUUGCAGUGACAGUCAUAUUUUAAAACUUGUUUAUAGUCAUAAUUCUAUUAUUAAAAAUUAGCAAAGAAGUAGGCAUGCAGUGCUGCUUGCUUUCGCUAAUGUAAUUUUUAGAUUAAGUUUCUUAAUUUAGCCUCUAAGUUUUAAUUCUAAGUAUUAUACUAAGUAAGUUAGACUAUGCCAUCUUAUCAUAUUCAUUUAUCAUAUUAUAGGCCUAUAUCCGAUCACCGAUAUACUAUUAAUUAUAAAUAGCUAAGGCUUAACGGGGGGGGGGGGGGGGGGGGGGGGGGGCAGUUUUUUUUACACCAGGUUAGGUCUGGGUAUUUUGAGAAAAUACCCCGUGGGUCAAAAUUUUACACAAAAAAAGAGUUAACUUCUCAUUUUCUAUAAAACAAAAGGGCUGCAGACAGUCCUACAAACAGUCUUACACAGAGUCCAACACCACACCAGUGUCCGUGACUCUUUAUUGAUUAACUCAUUAGAAUCAUUAGAAUGAAAAAAUUCAACCUUUUUACCAGUUCAACCAUCACGAAUGACGAAUCACGUUUGCUGUGUGACAGCUUUUUAUUUACUCAGCACUGUUAAUAUAAGACAUGUUGAGUAGGGGAGGGCCGGCCAUGAAAGGGAAGCAGGACAUACCAGAAGCAAAAUAUAUAGUAUAUAUGUGUAUAAGUUAUAAGAGAAUAUGUUUAGACCAAAUGGUAUACUUAAAAAAAUACUAACUAAUACCCAAAGUAAAUACUGACAUUCUGAGUGUGUGUGAUGCAAGCAGCAAUGCAAUAGACUAGUUUAUUAAUUUAAAAUUAAAGCUGUUUUAAAAGUGAUACUCUAGAUAAUAUUAUGGUCUUUAAAAUUUAUCAAAUAGUUGGCACGCACUUAUUCAUUUAUUUUUAUUUGGAUAAUUGUAAAGCAUUUUAAAAGCAUAAUUUAAAUGAUUCCUAAUUUGUCUUAAGUCAUAGAAAUAAAAUGGAAGCUAAACAUUUAGCAAAGGUAUUUACUCAUAUAAGUCACUCAAAUUUGUAAGAAGUUAUAUGCGCUAUACUAAAACUAAAACAACUUAAGAAGAACUUGGUGAGAAAAGCCAAAUGCAAUGAGCAGCAUUAGCAUUCCAUUGAGAGUGGGUGGGGGGGGGGGGGAAAGUGGCAUUGCCAGUGUGCCUGGGUUUAAAUAAAUGAUCUAGUGAAAAAUUUUUAAACAUAUAUGAAUAAUUAAAAAAACUUAAGAAGAACUUGGUGAGAAAAGCCAAAUGCAAUGAGCAGCAUUAGCAUUCCAUUGAGAGUGGGUGGGGGGGGGGGGAAAGUGGCAUUGCCAGUGUGCCUAGGUUUAAAUAAAUGAUCUAGUGAAAAAUUUUUUAACAUAUAUGAAUAAUUAAAAAAAUUAUAACAUAAAGGUACAUUUCAGAUAGUAGGCUAAAUAUUUUUUAUUCAUGGAUUGUGCUGCUCUUAGAUAAUGUUUUCUGUUCAAUUUAUUUUUUUCAUCAAAAUUUACAUUAAAUGACAUUUUAUCUUUAGCGUUAUGGUUAUGGUGGCUGGGUGCAACUGCACCACCAUUGUGCGGGGAGAGCUAAGAUGAUGAAGGAUGGAAAACUUUUCAGAGAGAUAGAAGAGAAUUGUUGGUCACCAGAAGCACGAAUUAAAGAAAUGGAUGCACAUGGUAAAAUUAAAUUUUAAAAAAAAUAAUAGAAAGUACCAGUGCAAGUAAAAUAUCUUAAGAAGAGACCGACCGAAAGUGAUUUUCUGAUUUUGGCUGAAGCCGAAAGUUAAAAAUGACUUUUGUCCGAAACUCAAGCUAAAACCAAAUUAUUUAUAUAUUUUGAAAUUCGUUCGUGCAUACACUCUACAUACAGUGAUGGGGCUAAGUAUCAAUAUUUACAUUCUUUUUAUAAAAAACGAGAUCAUCGUGAAUUUUAAUAAACAUCUAAUGAAUACUUUGGAUAAACAAACAAAGGUCCCUUCCUCUACGUUAGAUUAGUACUGCUACUAUGGCUAUGUCUAGGGUACGAUUAAUUUCCUGUUGAAGUAUUCUACACUAAUCCUACUUCACACUCACGGGGAGCGUGGCAAAAUUCAUGAAAUAAAGACCCUUGAGUGCCCUUUGCUUUUAUGACAUACCGGUAACUACAAUCUAGAACAUAUACCUAAUACUACCUGCAAUAAUUAUUUUGGCUCUAAUAGAGUCAAUAGUCACCUAAAUAUCAUUUAUUAAGGCUAUCAAAAUAUCAUCACAAUGUUUCGUGGUUAUCGCUUUGUGAUACUAAUGCUUUGUGUUUUCAUAAAUAGCUGGCAACAUUUCCCUAUUUUAAUAUUUAGCUUAGUACUAACACACUCGUCUUUCCGUGCUGGUGACGUAAUUAUUUGGUUCAGCAACCAACCUCCCUCACCCCCAUUGGUAGGGGAUUUUUUUUUUAACCCGUUCUCUUAAAAUUGUUGAUCUGACGGGUGUCAACGGAUAUUUGCAAAAUACAUGUAAAUUGUUGCCAAAAUCAUAAAAGUAAACAGGUUUGCAGUAGGCCUACUACAUAAUUAUAAUACGACCCAGGAUACAUGCACACCUGUGCUAUUUCUUCAAUAACAAUGCUUACGAGCAUGAUUAUGAUGAAUUUCAAGAAAUUAAUGAAAUGAAAAGGACUGUUUCCUUAAUGUUUUAAAAAAUGAAACAAAAAUUAUUAUGGAAAUAUUACCUACUCCUAGGAUUAUUCAAUAUUAUUCACAUUUGCCUAUGACAACAUUGAUGAGCAUGAUAAUGAUAAAUCAAAAUGAAUAUCACAAAUGAAUGAAGUGAAUAAACCUAGGGUUUCAAUUUUUUAAACAAAAAAAUGAUGCUAUAAAUAUUACCAUUCCAUUAGUUUUUCUCCACAAAACUGUUUGCAUUUGCCUAGGCCUAAUUGAAAUUUUAAUUGUUUGGAAAUAUAGGACAAUUUAAGUCAUCAAACAGCUGUGAGCAAUUUUUGCAGAGUAAUUAUCAUAUAACAUACAAUGACAGCAAGACGUCGAGCAAUAAUUAAUAUCUGAUUGCCUGCAGACAGUCUGACUUCUCAAUUACUUUCCGCCGAAACCGAUAUUAAACCAAAAGUUAACUUUUCAGUUUCGGACGAAACUGAAAUUAGGCGAAAGUGAUCGAAUGGCAACUUUCAGCGCCGAAACCGAAACUGAAGCCAAAGCCAAAAUUCGGUCAGUCUCUAAUCUUAAGUAUUGUGGAAAAAUAUUUGUUAAAUCUUUGCCUUCUGUUUUUUUGCAGUUUAAGAUUGACUUAAAUUCUUGUGGAUUAAUGUUCUUUUAAAUGCUCUAAAUACUUGUAAAAAAAUAUUUGACUUUGGACAUUUAUUUAUAAAGAGAAAGCAUAAAUAUUUGAAAGAAUGUUGCCUUAAUUUAAUUUAAAGCCAUUAUUCCUUUAAUAAAAGCUUGCUUAAGUUCAUUGACUUUUAAACACUAAUAUAUUUCAACAGGUGUUGAUAUCCAGGUUCUGUCUACUGUGCCUGUUAUGUUUGGAUAUUGGGUAAGUUAAAACAUUCAUUUUUAUUUUGAUUUUUUUUUUUAACUAAUAGAAGAUAAAAAAUUGUUGUUCAAGCCGAGUUAAAGAAAUAGAGAUGUUUUUCUGAAAUAGGUUUAAAUCUAUUAAAUCUCAUAUCUGAAUUAUGGUGGGUUUUUUUUACGCUGAAUACUUUUUAAAUGUAAAAUACUAAUAACGAUAUUAAAUCAUAAUCUGUGAAAGUUGGCAUAAGCAGGGUUGACAUUUUUAACCUGUUUAUUUUGGUCUACAUAUUUGCAAUAGAAAACAAUCCAAGAAUGGCAACUGUCAGAGGAUUUUGAUCAUGCACCUGUAGUUAAAAUCAUGUAUUCUUUUGUUUAUACUGCAGCCUUGAUUUAAAUACAUGUCUGAUUAUUAAUGUUUUGAAUAAAUGCUACUUCAUAAAUAUUUUUGCCUACCUUCAGUUUUAUAUUCAUGUAUUCAGGCAGAGCCAAAAGACACACUGGAUCUCUGUGAGAUGUUAAACAAUCAUCUGGCAGGGAUUGUCAAGUCUUGCCCAUCACGUUUUGUUGGUCUGGGAACUGUUCCCAUGCAAGCACCUGAACUGGCUGUCAAAGAACUGAUACGCUGCAAGAAGGAAUUGGGUGAGCUGGUUUUUUCUUCAAAAGUAUUCAGGUUUUAAAUUAACAAAUAUUUUGAAGCUUUUAUAUUCAUAACCAAAUAUUCAUAAACAAAUAAAGGUGAGGGGCCAUUUCAGGCUUGUAUGUUGCCGGAAAAGUUUUCUAGAAAAAUUCAGGUUUUAAACUGAAAUGAAGAAAUCCCAUGAAUAGCUUUGUCAGAAAGUCUAUGGCUGAAAAUAAUCGGAAUCAUUAAGGCCCCCCAAAUCAAUGUGCUAACCUUCAGUGCUAACCUUACCGGUAACUGUUUUUCUAAAAUGUUAUACCAUUCAUUUUUUAUUUCCUGCAAAUAUUUUGACUUGAAGGUCUCCUCUCAGACCUGAUUUCCAUUAUUCUUUAAUUUAACCCCCAUUGAAAAGAUAAUUUAGUAUGUUUAUUUUAAACAUGCUUUAAGUUGUGAGCAUAGAUAUCAAAAAUAUUUUUUUUUAUUCACUGCACUGAAUUCUGAUGUUCAUAUCUUUUAGGUAAGACUUGGUAGCUUGAUAAAUUAUUCCUCACUUGCAACACAUUUAGAUUCACAAUCCUACUUCUUUUUUUAUAUAGAAGGCUAAAUCAUUUUGAAUUUCAGGUUUUCCAGGUAUUCAAAUUGGGUCUCAUAUCAACAACUGGAACUUGGAUGCUCCAGAACUUCAGCAAGUGUUUGCUGUGAGUUAACAAUCUGUUUUCUUUUUUUGUAGUGAAUUCACUCCUUUCUCUGCAGUCCUUGUAAUUAAAACAAAAAAUGCUUACAUUUAUUCAGGAUCAUUUUAGUACAACCACCUUAUCUUGAAAACUUUUGUAUUUGUAUUUGAAACCGUUUGUGAAAUAGAUCAGAUGUUACAAUUUGAAAACAAAGGGAAAAUGAGCACCAAUAGAAUUUAGUAUGUGUUUACAAGGAAACCAGAAUAUUUUUGAACUUGGAAUUUUUUGUGUCUUUCAGGCUGCUGAAGAGCACAACUGUGUGAUAUUUGUACAUCCCUGGGACAUGGAGCAGGGUGGACGAAUGCAGAAAUACUGGCUACCAUGGUUGGUUGGUAAGUGCAUCAUAGGUAACUGGUUACCAUGGUUAGUUGGUAAGUGCAUCAGAGAUGUAGCCUACCUUGGUAAGCUCAUCAGAGAUGCUGUCUACCUUGGUAAGUUCAUCAAGGAUACAUGCUCCUUCAACAACUGUCAUCCACACCCAAAUAAACACACACAAACACAUUAUACAUUGACUGUGGUAGAUAAGAAACUUACUCAAAGAUUCACAUAAAACCUUGUAAGCCUCUGCAUUUGUAUCUGGUAUUUCAAUAAAUGAUUUUAAAGCAAAUUAUAUAUAUAUUUUUUUUUUUAAUUUCAGGCAUGCCGACAGAGACGACUGUUGCCAUUUGCUCCAUGAUUUUUGGCGGAGUCCUUGAGAGAUUUCCUAAACUUAAAGUCUGCUUUGCUCAUGGAGGUAGGUUCUCUAUAUCUUUUUACAAGGAUUCAUUUUUGCUACAUUCAUUUUCACAAGUAUUCAUUUUUGCUCCAUUCAUUUUCACAAAGAUUCAUUUUUGCUCCAUUCAUUUUCACAAGGAUUCAUUUUUGCUCCAUUCAUUUUCACAAGGAUUCAUUUUUGCUCCAUUCAUUUUCACAAAGAUUCAUUUUUGCUCCAUUCAUUUUCACAAGGAUUCAUUUUUGCUCCAUUCAUUUUCACAAGGAUUCAUUUUUGCUCCAUUCAUUUUCACUCCAUUCAUUUUCAAAGGUUUAAUUAUUGCUCCAUUCAUUUUCACAAGGUUUAAUUAUUGCUCCAUUCAUUUUCACAAUGUUUAAUUAUUGCUCCAUUCAUUUUCACAAGGUUUAAUUAUUGCUCCAUUCAUUUUCACAAGGUUUAAUUAUUGCUCCAUUCAUUUUCACAAGGUUUAAUUAUUGCCCCAUUCAUUUUCACAAGGUUUAAUUAUUGCUCCAUUUGUUUGCCUGGAAACUAUUAUUGUGUAACACUUCCCUUGUUGUCUUAUUAAGGGUGUGCUUAAGUUUGAACAACCGUAGGCUUUUCUUAAUGCUAACUAUAAUCAGUUCAGAGUACUUCAUCAUUUCUGCAAGCAGUGCCUUUGUCAAUUCAGAGUGCUUCAUCAUGUCUAAAAGCAGUGCUUUUGUCAAUUCAGAGUACUUCAUCAUUUUUGUUAAGAGUGCCUUUGCUUUCUUUGAAAAAAUAACACUUUAUAUAUAUUUUGGUUUCUUCUCAGGGGGUGCUUUUCCUUUCACUAUUGGUAGAAUAGAGCAUGGGUUCAACUCCAGGCCUGACCUGUGUGCGGUGGAGAACAACGUCAACCCAAGGAAAUACCUGGGUCAGAUUUACACGGAUUCCCUGGUCCAUGACACGGAGGCUCUCAAAUUGCUGGUCAAUGUCAUUGGCAAGGUAAGGUUCUCCUUUUACUUUAGUGUUGUAUUACUGUGACCUUGUUUAGUGAUGACAAGAUCUGUACGCACUUUAUUGUUAGGUCCUGUCUGUACUUAAUUGUGUCAUAUGUGCACCACAACAUUAUGAUGUCCUGUUUGUACCAUAAUAAUGUCAUUUGCGUCCUACCUAAUCACCUUCCUGUUACUAAUAAAAACCUGGGAAUGAUUUAAAAAUGCUUUUUUUAAGAAUAUGUGUUAUGGAAAUAUCUUUGCCUGUACAAAUUGAUGUUAAAACUUAUAUAAUCUCACUUUAAUGUGGCUGAAGCGGUGGUAUGAAAUUCUAUGAAACAAAUUUAGAUUUAACCCUUUUAAAGUCUAAAACAAUUUUUCUAACUAUUUUACAUUAAUUAUCAUAAUGUGUUGAAAACUAUUUUUAACUUGUGAGUAACUUAAAAUUUAAAAAAUAAAAAAUCUUUUCAUAUUAACUUUGAUAUUGUUUGUGUGUUUCUUUCUGGUUGGGUGGCAAAAUCUUUGGACGUCUCAUUGACCCACUUCCCGUCAAGCUAUCAAACUGAGACAUGGCACAUCGACUCGCUGCCAAUGACAACACAUCCUUUCAAAUUUUCAGCCCCAACCCCCAACCCCACAAAAUCAGUUUUUCCUGUUUUUCAAGGGGAAGAUGAAGGAAAUAUGAUGCCACUGAUUUAAGAAAUAAAAUACCAGAUAACUGCGCUAAAUGAGAUUCUUAAAAAUUUCGCAAGUGCAUUUGGUGUGUAAUAUUUUCUUUUCAUUUUCUGAAAUAGUUGGUGUAAUGAAGCUGGGGUGUAAAAACGGGUGGGUCAUUAGAAUAUUAAUAUCAAAUAAAAAAUAAAUAUAAAGGAUUUAUAAGAAAAAAAUUGUUUUUGUUCUUUAAUAAAUACUGCUAUUUGUAUUCUUGCAAAAUGUCAUAAAAAUGGUCCAUUUUGUCCUACUCAACACUUGAAAUGUAUUAUUAGAUCCAGCUGCUAAACUCUAUUGUCUGAUAAUGUUCAUUUUAUCAUUUUUUUUAUAUCAUCCACUACAGAAUCGUAUAGUUUUAGGCAGUGACUACCCCUUCCCUCUAGGGGAGCAGCACCCAGGAAAAUUAGUUGAGUCAAUGGAAGAAUUUAGUCCUGAACUGAAGGUACAUUUAGGAUAAUUCUUAAAAUAAAUAUAUUUCCUUUUCCCUUCUAAACAAUUGAGGAUACAAUGCUUUUAUUAGCAUAUUCAAUAUUUACAUUACAUUUUUGAAAAUGGGAUAUUUCCCUUGCUUACAUGUAUUCUCAAACUUUAAGCAUGUAUUUUUUUUUCUUUUCAAACAGCAUCAGAUAUUAGCUGGGAAUGCAAUGGAGUUUCUGGGCUUGGACCCAAGUUUGUACAAGCCUUGCAUCGGAGAAGAUACACAGAUGGACAGCACAAAUACACACCUGCCGUGUCCUUAAUUUGUGAUAAAACUGUUUUAUUUGUUUGUCUGCAAAGGGCAAAGUUAAAAUAUUUUGUAAGUGCAACUGAGCAGUUACAAAAACACAAAAAAAAAAAAAAACAAGUUUACAAGUGUAAAAAAAUAAUCCAAUUUUAUUUUCCGUUAAAAAUUGCUUAAACAGAUGUAUGUUUACAAACAAAUGUUUCAAUUGAAUAAAACUGUUUUAUUUGUUUGUCGGCAAAGGGAAAAGUUAAAAUAUUUUGUAAGUGCAACUGAGCAGUUACAAAAACACAAAAAAAAAAAAAAAACAAGUUUACAAGUGUAAAAAAAUAAUCCAAUUUUAUUUUCCGUUAAAAAUUGCUUAAACAGAUGUAUGUUUACAAACAAAUGUUUCAAUUGAAGAUUGGUCUUUAGGGCUGGCUUUUGUAACGUUUUUAAAAAAAAGAGGAAUUAGGAAGAAGUGGUUGGGUUGACUUAAUCGGCAGUCAUGGGCAAAAAGUCGCGUGGGAUUGAUCAGUCAGCCCAGUACGACAGCUAUUCUUAAGAGGAGGUAAGAUAAAAGUGAAUUACUGAACCUAAAGUGAAAUGCAUUAUGGGAUGUACAAAAAAGUUUUAUAAAAUUUUUGCUUAAAUUAAUAUGACAUCUUCCAGAGAGAUACUUUAAAUAUUUGAUGUAUGUAGGUAGGUAUGAAGAAAAAUAAAUCCAGUGAUAUCCCUGAAUUUGUAUUGACUCCAGCCUGUCAUUCUAUUCCACUUAGAAUCAAUGCGGCACAAAGAAGGGGAUGGACGAUUCCACCAGCACUCUUUGAGCUAUGCUGUUCAAUGGCAACUGCCUUUGUCAUGACGUUGUAUCAUGAUUCCAAUCUUUGUUGAUUCACUGGGGGUGUCUUAAAAUUGUUUGGUGAAACCUGUGAAGUGUGAUUGGCUUUCUAGUGCAAGUGUGCUCAAACUGUUACAACAGAAACCUGUUUAACAGGGCUUUCAUUUCAUGAAGAAUGUGACCAAGCCACAGGGAAGCCAAACUGUGUAGUUUUUCUACAUUAAGUUGAUACCGAUCAACUUCCUCAGCCUGCAACUUAUUUGUUUAAAGCUAAUUUUUACCCAAUUUCUAAAUGUUUAUGAAAGGAGGGCAUGAUAAUUAAUUAUGUUGGAAUAACAAUGAAAAUAGCUGUCAUUGGCUAUGAGUGGUUUCUCCCUACUUGAGCAAAAAACAUCCAUUUUUUUCUAUGCUUUAGAUGUUAUGGGAUGGCCACUUCAAAAAUUAUAAUAAUAAAAAAAUGUUCAUAAAUAAGUUAAAGUCUCAGCGUUUUGGCUCUGCGAAUCCCAUAAAAAAUGUGUUGAGCCCUUUGUGGUUUGGGGGGGGGGUGUCGAAGCUUUAGAUUUUGUAAAAUAAAAGGAUUUCCUCUUACCUAAAUGCGUUGAAUAUGUUUAUAACUGUAAUCUCAUUCAUUGAUUUCUCAGGGUUUUAGCAAGGCAGGAUGUAGCCUAUGUCAUAUAUAAUAUAAUUUAUUUAUGUAUAAGUCGACCAUGCUGAAUUGUCUGUGACUGUUUAUACUUGUCAUCUACUUAAAGAAUAGAUCACAUUGAAAUGCUUCUGUCUUGUUCUACUUUAAUCAAGCAAGGAGCGUUUGAUCUUAUUUGAUUUAUAUUAUUUUUUUUCCUUAUUUACUUACAUUCAGUAAUAAACUAGGAAAUGUUAACUAGAAGAAAUCUGGUCUCUGUAGCAUUCCGCCAAAAAUAUGUACGUUUUCAGAGUCAAACAAUUAUUUAUGCUUUACUUAAUGAAUGAUGAAUUUAUGUGCCAGCUGCACUUUGAUUUUUGGAACAGAGUUUCCUCCCUUGUUAGGUGUUUUGAUUGCUCAUUGAAAUAAUUCAUCAAAAAUAAUGUUCUCAUUCAUAGCUAAAUAGCUGCUAAAGAAAAAAACAAUUAAUUAGCGUGUAAGCUCUCAUGUUUUAUAAAAAAAUACUUUGAAAAUAAUUUAUUUUUUUAUUUGACCACUGUUGUACAUUUUUAGCUCAACAGUUGUGUUACGAAGGUUGUAUGUUUUAGUGUAAACAAAUCUUGAACGUCUGCCAGAUCAAUUGUCAUUUUUACUUGCUGAUUUGUUGUUGGUGGCUUGAACAUGCAAAAAAUAUAAAAUGUGCAUGUGUACUAAUGCAUUUUGAGUAAUAUUGCAUAUGUAGGCCAUGGCCAGUAUUUUGAUGUGGGUUGACGGG